AUGCCUCUCAACGUCCAAAUCACGUUUCUAUACAGUCCGCCUAGUGCUCCCGCCGCUGGCUCACCCAUCAUCGUUCUCUCAGCGAUAUACUAUGGUCCUUCUGAGGAUGCUGAAAAGGCCGCUACCAAGUUGUUCGAAGUGAUUCUUGUCGGAAAGGUCCUCAAGGCCUUGACUCCCCAGGCCAUCAAGGAGAGCUUUGCAAAAUGGGCUCAAGUCAUGGAACAGCCUCCCGAUGCGGCUCGCACGUCAGUCGUGUUUUACAAGUUCAGCCCAGAUAAACUCCGCACCAACGGAAAUAUGAAGGGUAUUGAGAACAGGUUCCUUGAGGGGCGAGAUAGGGGCUCGACAGCCAUGGCCUUGACGUGGUGCGUAGCUCCGGCGUCGAGAGACAGGCUAGUCGACUUUGUAGACGAGUUUUUCAACACUUGUCGAUGUGCAGGCGGAGUUCCGCCGAAGACAUUUGCGAAUACGAUGAGACUCCGUGUGAAUUUGGACGAGCUGUUCCAGGAGGAGAAGGUGGAGGAGUUGCAAAGGGUGAGGGAGCGUUAG